UCUUAGGUUUUGCUUUGCCCUUUUGUAUUUCGUUCGGCUUCGUUCCUUCUCAUAGUGUAGAGUUUUGCAGGAGUUCUUCUUCGUCGCUGUUCGACUUAGCUCCUUGGACGACGUUCCCUUCCUGUUGGAUUGGAAGUUACGACAUUUUUUGAUCGGAAGCAACGGGAGCUCGCUAGCUGCGAAGGAGGUGUAAGAUAGCACGAGUGGCUUCUUCGGCUCCUUCGUUGGUGUUCGACUUCGCUCCUUCGACGAAGUUCCCUUUUCCUGUUGGAUCGGAAGUACGGACGGGAGCUAGCUCGCUGUGAAGUGUAACACAAGUAGGGGCCUAGAGGAUGAAGAAAUAUGGCCUGCAGCUUCGGUUUCCUCCCGAUCAGCAGAGGAAGAUGGCAUCAAAGCCACCCAUUCAACCUCCAGCUUCUGUUUUUGGUGAUGAUGAUGAUGAUGAUGAUGAUGUCACAAAGGAGAAGUCUCGCCAAGCGGUCAAGAGCAGAGCCCUUCAAAUGAUAGAUGAACAACAAAAAAAGACUCUGGAGGAGGACCCGUUGGCUUUUGACUAUGAUGGGGUGUAUGAUGAGAUGAAAUCCACUGCUGCUCGCUCUCGGGUUCAGGAUCAAUCCAAGAGAGAGCCGAAGUAUAUUACUGCAAUCAUGGAAAGUGUAAAGAAGCGUGAGCGAGAACAUGAAAUAAUAUAUGAGAGGAAACUAUUGAAAGAGAGGAGUAAAGAUGACCAUAUCUUUGAAGACAAGGAAAAAUUUGUUACAAGAGCAUACAAACAGAAGCUUGCUGAACGUGCAAAGUGGUUGGAAGAAGAAAGGUUGCGUGGACUCCGUGAGGAGAAAGAUGAUGUUACCAAGAAGACUGAUCUGACCGACUUCUACUUCGGUCUCAACAAGAAUGUAGCUUUUGGCGCUCAUUCUGCACAUACUUCGAAACCAACCAAAGAACAAUCAAUAAGCAUUUCUGCCGCAAAACCUGAUGGCAACACUUCAAAUGCUGAAGCAGCCAAAGAUCCAAAGCAGGAUAGAGAGCAAGGAGAAGAAAAACCUCCAGCUUCUGCUUUUUCGGAAGAUUUUAGGGCUCUUGCGUCCGAAUCUGAUCCAGUUUAUCUUCUUCCACAAGACAAAAUCGAAGUAGCUGCAGCGAUGUCAGAUACGGAUGGGAAACAGAUUUCUUCGGAGCAAAAUAUUAUCAAAGAAUCAUUGGAGGAAGUAUCUGAAAAGAAGAAAGCAGAUCAGGCAACCGGAGGUGAAAUGGACAGUGAACGAUUCAAGAGAAGUGAGGAUGCAGUUGCUGCUGCUAGAGAACGUUUUCUGGCACGUAGGAAAGCAAAACAACAGUGAACUUGGAAACUGUCAUGUUCUAAUGUACUUAGUUUAUUUAAAUGAUUACUGUUUAGAAAUAACAAUGUUGUUUAUUUGACCAUAUUCUUAUGGGCACUUUCUUUCUCGUUGUUGUUCGGUAGAUUAUACCUAUGAAUGAAACGAGAAUUUUUUAGUCAUGUAA